CGAUGGCAGCCACGGCCCGAUUCUCCUCAAGAGACUUCUCCACCUCCUGUGAGCGUCCUGCUUUAUAAGCACCACCUGCUUCGACUCAUCUCUUACGCGUCAUUUGUCCCAAAGAAACAUCAAGCCACAAGAUGACUGGAAUCGCAUUGCUCGGAGCGGGCAUCUUCGCGAAGGGGGAGCACCUCCCCGCCAUCGAGGCUUGCCCCACCCUCUCUCUGAAAGCUGUCUACUCACGCUCUCAGAAAUCGGCCGAGGCGCUGGCUGCUGCAUCCAAGGACCCCUCCUCCGUGUCUGUCUACUACGAUAGCCCUGCCACUGAGAACAAGUCACUAGAUGACCUUCUGGCCAGGGAGGACAUCUCCGCCGUGGUGAUUGCCCUGCCCAUUCUCAACCAGCCCGGCGUGGUCAAGAAGGCCCUCAAAGCGGGGAAGCACGUCCUCUCUGAGAAGCCGAUCGCCGAUGACAUCAAAGGUGCCCAGGACCUGUUAGCAUUCUACGAUGCGCUCGGAGCCAACAAGCCCCUCUGGGCUGUGGCUGAGAAUUUUCGCUACAUGGAGUCGCUGCAAUAUGCAGCCGAGCGGGUGACGGAGAUUGGCGGCAGCUUGACGACCUUCCGGUUGCAGAGAUAUGGCGCCAUGUCGCCAGACAACAAGUACCUCAACACUGAGUGGCGAAAGACUCCCUCUCACCAGGGUGGGUUCCUUCUGGACGGCGGCGUGCACUUCGUAGCCGCGCUGCGCCUCCUUCUAAGCGCAGCGGGCGACGAGGUUAAGCAGCUUGUAGGGUUCAGCACGCUCCUCGAUAAGGCGCUGCCCCCGGUCGAUACCGUCCACGCGGUGGCCCUCACGAAGGGCGGCAAAAGUGGGAUGGUUGCAAUGUCGUUUGGAACUGAGUUCAAGUCUGGGCUGGAAGUUGAGAUCGUGACGACAAACGGCUCUGUUGUGUGGGAGCCUACCAAGGUCAAAACUGUUUCGAGGAAAGCAGAGGGAAGCAGUGAAAAGGUCGACAAGAUCGAGGAGUUCCCGUACGACUCGGCUGUCAAGCCCGAGGUUGCCGCGUUUGCAAAGGCCAUCGAGGCGAAGGCGGUCGAUCCCCUCCAGACACCAGUAGAGGCGCUUGGGGAUUUGGAGAUCUUGCAACGACUUCUCGAGACGGGCGCUCUCGGCGGUAUCGCUAGGCCUGUUGGCUCCCUUUCCAGAUGAGGAUUGGGUAGAACCUCUAUCAAGAAGGCCAUAACGCGCCUGAGGGAAGGACAAUAAGGUUGCAGGAGCAAAUUCACACACGGUCUGCAAUUCUCAGUCGUUCGGACUUCCUUCCGACGGCGGCAACCUUGGCAGCAGCAGCUCGAAUAGGAGACCCCUUUUUACAAUGCAACUAGGGAACUGAACCGCCAGCCCACAUCAUAUGUUGAUUCAUUGUCCUGACCGGUACACAAAGCUGGCAA